AUGGCUACUACAACUGGUGUAGCUGGCUUGCCUAUGCCUGGUAGCAAAUGUGCUCCCAGGAAGUUUAAAGGAAGGUACUCUGAAGUCAAGUCCUUCCUUCAACACUACGAACGUAUCUGUACCAAACUCGGAAUCAUCAACGCCAAGGACCUUAUCGACAACGUCACUCAGUACUGCAGCCGCCAAGUCCGUCAGUUCAUCGAGAGCCUACCCUCAUUUGAGGCCAAGGAUCCAAACUGGGAAACUCUCAAGAAAGAUGUUCUCACGUACUUCGAUGCUGAUCGGGAUGACAAGAAGUACAAGGUCCGACACCUGGAAUCCUACGUCCUGGAAGCCCGCAAGAAGUCAACCAUCAAGACCCUAGGAGCAUGGAGGGAAUAUACAAGGAAGUUCCUGACUAUCUCCGGAUGGCUGAAGAAGAAUGGUCGAAUCUCCGUAGAUGAAGAAGCUCUCUACUUCUGGAAAGGAAUCCCGCGUAAAUUCCGCCAGACUCUGGAACCUCGACUCUUAGCAUCUAAGCCCACCUAUGAUCUAUCAAAGCCAUUUAGUAUGACUGAGGUAAAUCAGAAGGCUGAGGCUUUGCUCCAACGCAACCGAUUUGACGCCGACCGACUGCCAUCCGAUGAUGAGGAUGACUCAGACGAAGAGUCAGACUCAGAUGAUAGUAGCUCGGAUUCAUCUGAUGAUUCAAGCAGUGAAUCAGAAGAGGACAUCAAGUCAAAGAAGAGUUCACUCAAGAACAAGAAGCGCAAGCUUACGAAGAAGAAGCACUCGAGCAAGAAGAAUGACACGGAUGAGGAUGAAGAUACGGCUGAUCUUAAGAAAGCACAAGCUGCACGUCGCCGAGCAGCUCAGGAUGAGAAGAAGAAAGCCAAUGAAGUGGAGGAACUCAUCCGACAGAUGAACAAGAUGUCCCUAAGUGACCCUGAGUAUGGUGUUCUGUAUUUCCGUGCAUGCACCAUGAGUCCCUUAGCUGCCUCAGCAAUCCGGCCUCCGGUCUUAGGCUCAUCUACUCAGAGAAGUCCAACAUCCAAUGCAUUCACAAGCCCGCAAUCAAACCCGUCAGCAGCUCCAUCUCCUACGCAACCAAGUGCUAUCCGACCUCCCAUGAAGUGUUACGGCUGUGGAGGAACUGGUCAUGGCAUUGGAACAUGUGCUGAAAUCAACACCCUUAUGGCUAAGGGAGUGAUUGCACGUGAUGCAUCUGGACGACUGGUCAUGAAGGAUGGUUCACGCAUCUUCCGUAACAUGGACGAGACUUUUGUUUCGGCCAUUCAACGGCAGACUGCACCCACAGCACACUACAUUACCACAGAGCCAAAGGUAUCCUACUAUGCUCAGGCAACCAUUGAAGAGUAUGAGUCAGAAGAGGAACAAGGGAAUGUCCAUGUAGCAGACGAAGAAGACUCAGAGAACACAUUCAGCUUUGCUGGAGCUGAACGUGGCACUACCUCAACUCGGAAUGCUCGUGAACGGGCCACGAAGGGUCCACUCAUACCACCGGUAUCAGUUCAAGAGAAGAUCAACAAGCCACGAGCCACGCAGGAGCCAAAACGUGACAAACCACCACACCUGGUUUCACCACCCCAGCAGUCUCCCGACGCGACACGCAGCUCUGCACGCCUGCGAGGAGACAAAGGACCACCUAUCCUGCAACAUCCUGGUGAUCGUGCGACACAGCCAACAGUGCCGACCGAACACAACCGUAGAGAGAUGCCCACCACACCCAAGCAACCUAUUGAUGUCACUAGCCGUCAGUUUGAUGCAGAUAACGAUGACGAGAUCAUGGAAGAUGUCUCGCCGCCGAAGCAAUCGUCCACCCAAUCACGCACUACAGAUGAUACAACGAAACGUUCAGAGCCUGCGAAGGCAGAGACACCAAAGCGCACUCCACGCCAGAGUCAAGUACAAGCUCAGGUUGAUACUUGGCAUGUUCUGGGGAAAGUUCUCAAUACUCCAGUAACACUACCAGUCGGGGAGAUCUUUGGUAUCUCAAAGGAGAUGUCCAGCCACUUACAAGAGGUGCUUAAGCCGAAAGCUCCUCCAAAGAACAUCGUCGCCGCCGCGUUUGGUCCUCGCUCGAAAGGAGCUUUAAUCUAUCUACGAAUGGAGGUAGAUGAACGCCCCGUUACCGCGAUCAUUGACACAGGAUCUCAGCUCAACAUUGCAAGCCGGAAGCUAUGGAAAACUCACCUAAAUCGACCAAUGGACAUCGCCCGCUCGUGUCAGAUGAACGACGCAAACGGGGGAGCCGGAGCGCUGCGUGGACUAGUCGAGAACGUUCCCCUAACUUGCGGGAACGUUCGCACCUUCGCUAACCUCUACAUCGGCGAACGCGUUCCGUUCGACUUGCUGCUAGGACGACCUUGGCAGCGAGGAAACUAUGUGAGCAUCGAUGAACGAGUGGACGGCACUUACCUUAUGUUCAAGAACCAAGACCUCGAGGUUCAGCACGAGAUCUUGGUCAUGCCCGAUGGAUAUGACCCGGCUUGGUCAUACGAGCCGGCGGUUUGGUACGCCAACAGCGGGGACCCUCCGAGCGCAACGGACGCACCCUCGAACAACGCCGAUCACACAGCCACUGCGGACCCGCAAAGGACGGAGGAAGAGUCAGGAGAAGAUAAGCAGAUGGACUCAACUGAAGUGCGAAGGAAUGCUAGCCAGCCGACUGACGGCACCGGAACGAGCGACGAGUUCGUCAGUUUGCUGACACGGCCGCUGUACGGGCUGGCGCUAUCGGCGCAAUUUGCAAGCACGGCGGUCUGGAGGAACGAAGAAGUGAGUCCAGAACACGGGAAUUUAGGGAUGACAUUCGCACCGCUGACUCUUGCGAGCACGACACACACCGCCACACUAGGCACGGCCCCGACAGACACGGCUCACCUGAGCAUAGAGAGCAUCACGCUCUUCGAGAACCAGGAUACGGACCCGAAGGAGAGGCUGGAGGACAAUUAG